ACCGCCGCCACCCGACCACCUAGUCUUCCCCUUCCUCGGUUUCCUAAUCUAGCCAACCCUAGAGCCUAGUCCCACCUCGGGAUCCAGCCGCCGCCAGCCAGAUCCACCCGGCAAACAAUCUUCCACUUCGAGAUCCUCCCGUGCCCAAUCCCCUCACAUCUAACCGAAGCUUGCCCAAAUCCAACCAUCCAUCCUAGAGCUGCCUAGCGCCAUGCCCGUCGUGGCCCUACACCGUCCCUGUGCGGCUCCCUGCUGCCUAUGCCCGAGUCCCCGCCUCCUUGAGAGGGCCGCCUGAGGUUGCCGGCGGAGCAGCAGCAAGGUCCAGGCCAGCGCUCGUUGCCCCCUCCUCCUGAGGCGCCUCCCUCUAAUCUCUCCCUCCCGUUCCACUCACAGGAACCCGCCAGGAUGAAGGGCGCCCGUGCAAGCCGCCCUUGCCCGGAUCCGCGCCACCGCCGGAGCCCCGCGCCUCCAACCUCCUGGGAGCGCCGGUGUGCCUCGCCGGGACUACCUGCAACAGCAGCAACAGCCCUAGGGACGCUAUGGAUGGUUCGUCACCGUUGGAACCAGCCGGCCACCUUCAACGUGCCGCCAGGUGCCGGAUCUGAACGGGAACGAGUCGAUUCACCCGUUCUCACGACCUCCGACACAGCCCCAGCUCGCCUCCAGCCGCUGCAAUCCUCGCCCCGCUGCCCAGUUCCGCAAGCGUGUCGGGAUGUGAGGAUUGUUCGACUACGUCGGUUCGCUGACUUCACCGAGUUGUUCUUCUUCCAAGCGGGAUCCCAGUUGCAGGUACAGGUAAAGGUUACUUGACGCGAGCGCGUUGAUUGUUCAUUUGGGACUUGCUUCUUCUUCUUCUUCUUCUUCUUCUUCAUCGAUCUAGGAUGGGUUCCAGGCCGGCAGCCUGGGAUAGCAAGGAUGGACGUCGUUCUUCUUUUGUCGUUUGUUUUCGUCCGUAGUCGGACCCUGCUCUUACUCUUGAUGAUUAUGUAAUGUACUGAUGUGACUCUGAUGUAGCUUGUGGUGAGUGUAAGCCAACUCUUUAUAUAUCUCUUCUUUUCAGUA